AUGGGCGCGCUGGGCACCGCCGGCUGCCUGGUGCUGCUGCUGUGCGGGGCUCUGGCCGCCGCCCGCGCCGCCCCGCGCAGGACACCCGCCUUCGACGGGCAGGUGGAGGAGAACCGGCCGGCGGGCACGCGUGUGCGCGGGCUGAGCAUCCCGCUGACGCGGCUGGGGCCCGAGCCCUGGUGCGCCAAGGUGCAGGGGCGCCGCUGGCACCUGCAGCUGCUGGGCGAGGGGCACUCGCACUUCCAGGCGGCGCUGGACGCGCGCACGGCCCGCGUGUGGCUGCGCACCCGGCGGCCGCUGGACCGCGAGGCGCGGGCGCUGUACUCGCUGCGCCUGGCGCUCUGCUGCAAGCGCUGCGCGCCCCGCGGCGCCGCGCCCGCCGAGCUGGCCGCGCUCACCGUGCGCGUCCUGGACGACAAUGACAACGCGCCGCGCUUCGUGGGGCCGGGCCCCGCGCAGCUCCGCGUGGACGAGACGCUGGCGCUCAAGUCGCAGGUGUGGCAGGCGCGGGCCGAGGACGCGGACGCGGGAGCCAACGCGGAGCUGCGCUACUUCGCCCUCCCGCGGAGCGCGCACUUCUUCGUGGUGCCGCGCAGCGGGCGGGUGGUGCUGGUGCGCUCCCUGCUCCACCUGCGGGCGCCCAUCCCGCUGCGCCUCUACGCCCGGGACCGCGGGCGGCCCGCGCUGCUCAGCGAGCCCCUGGAGCUGGAGGUGCUGCCGCAGCCCAAGCGCCUCCCGGCGCCCCCGCCCCGCCGCCGCCGGGCCGCGCUGCCGCCCGCCGCGCCCCUGGCGCUCGCCCUGCCCGAGGAUGCCCGCCCGGGCACCCGCCUGGCCACGCUGGCCCCGGCCCGCUUCGCCGCCGCCUGGUUCGAGCUGCUGUCGCCGCCCGUCGAGGAGUCGCCGGUGCGAGUGGAGCGGGAGAGCGGAGAGGUGAUGCUGAGCGCGGCCCUGGACCGGGAGGCGGCGGCCGCCUGGGAGAUCGUGGUGCGCGUCCAGGAGCGCAGAGGGAAGGAUUGGUACUUGGUGCACGUGUCCCUCACUGUGACAGACGUGAACGACAACGUCCCCGAGUGGGCCAUGGAGCCCUUCCCAUUCCUGGCUGUGGUUUCCCCUGAAGCUCCAGGAGGUACUGAAGUGUACAAGCUGCUUGCUGUGGAUGCAGAUGAAGGGAUCCAUGGAACUGUGGAAUAUUUUCUUUUGGAAGGUGGUGAAGACAGAUUUGAAGUUGAGAAGGACUCUGGCUGGAUUAAAACAACAGGUUUGCCGUUGGUGAGGGACAAGGAGUAUUUGCUGACUGUACUGGCAGCAGAUAAACUUGGAAGCAGAGGGUCUCCAGCCUCUGUUUCUGUUCUUGCUGGGUUUCGACCACCACAGUUCACCAACAUGUCCUACUUUGUGUAUGUCCCUGAGAGCACACCACGAGGAGAACCCUUUCUUACAGUCACUGCUGUGUCAUAUCAAAAGAAAUCCCUGAGCUACAGUUUACUCACUAAUCCUGGUGGUCUAUUCAGUAUUGAUCAGGCAACAGGAGAGAUCAGUUUAACUCGCAGUGUGGAUUAUGAAAAUGACCCACACCAGUAUCUUCUUUUGGUCAGAGCAGAGGAAAACGAGGAACAGUUCAGCAGUGCUGCUGAGGUUUUGGUUGUAAUCACAGAUGUGAAUGAUUGUGCCCCCGAAUUUCAUCAGUCGAUUUACAGCAAAGUCGGUGUUCCUGAAACAGUUCCUAUGACAACUGCACUUCUGCAAGUGACAGCCACUGACUGUGAUUCUGGAGAGAAUGCCCAGUUGCUGUAUUACACUCUGAGUCAAGACUUUGGCAUCACUUCUCAUGGCACCAUUUUCCCAGCAACACGGCUGGACUACGAGAGACCCAACCACCUUUAUGAGUUCAUCGUUAUGGCUGUAGAUCAAGGGGAGGAGCCAAGGACUGGGACAGCAACUGUCAGGAUCCACAUCUCAAAUGUGAAUGAUGAAGCACCCGAGUUUUCCCAGGCAAUGUGGCUGGUUAGACUUCGUUCAAGCCCGUUUCCUAAGCUGCAGGGAACAGAGUAUGUACUUAAUGUCACAGCUGCUGAUGAUAAUGCCUCUGGAGGACCCCAGCCUCUUACAAGUACUGCCCAGGUUGUUGUGAAAAUUGAUGAUGUCAACAAUAACAAACCUGUCUUUCAGAAGUGCCAGUAUUAUCGGGAACAUGCUUCUGUCUUGGAAAACCAGCCUUCAGGGACAGUUGUACUGCAGGUUGAAGCCACUGAUGCUGAUGAAGGAGCCAAUGGUAUAGUGAAAUAUGGCUUGAUGCACAGAGAUGGUGUCCUACCAGCAUUUACUAUUCAUCCUGACACAGGAGUUCUGACAACUGUUCAGGUAUUUGAUCGAGAAAAGCAGAGGGAAUAUCCCAUCACUGUGACAGCAACAGAUCAGGCAGCGGAACCACUCAUUGGAAUAUGUCAGAUCAAUGUUGUCAUCCUGGACCAAAAUGACAAUGACCCCAGAUUUGAAAACACCCACUAUGAAUAUUUCUUAAGAGAGGACACGAGAGUUGGGACCAGCUUCCUGCGUGUUGCGGCCCGGGAUGAUGACUACAGCUCAAAUGCUGCCAUCACAUAUUCCAUAGCCAACGAAGAACCAAAUUACUUUCAGAUUAAUCCUGCUACAGGCUGGGUGUUUGUGAACCAACCCAUAUCUCAGAGAUCAUCUAUAAUUCGAGAGGUUAUUGCUACAGAUGGAGGUAAUAGGAGCACUAAAGUUGAACUUGCUGUAACUGUUACCAGUGCAAAAAACCAGCCUCCACAGUGGGAAAGAGACAGCUAUGAAGUUGUUAUUCCAGAGAAUAUUACACGAGAUGCCUCAGUUUUGACAAUCAAAGCAACUUCUCCCCUUGGUGAUCCCCGUGUGACUUACAACCUGGAAGAGGGACUUGUUCCGGAGACCAACAUGCCGGUUCGCUUCUACCUGACUCCAAACAGACACGAUGGUUCUGCUUCAAUCCUGGUGGCUGAGCCCCUGGACUACGAAACAACAAAGAGCUUUCUGCUGAGGGUUCGAGCACAGAACGUUGCUGCAGUUCCUCUGGCAGCGUUUGCCACGGUCUACAUUAAUGUCACAGAUGUCAAUGACAAUGUCCCAUUCUUCACUUCAUCCAUCUAUGAAGCCUCAGUGACAGAGGGAGCUGAUGUUGGGACGUUUGUCAUUCAGGUGUCUGCCACUGACCUCGACCUUGGUCAGAAUGGGGAGAUAACUUACUCCCUGUUACAUGACAGUGGCAGAGACUACGCCCAUUUCCGCUUGGACUCCCAGACAGGCUCAAUAUACACGGCCUCGGUGUUUGACAGAGAGAAGAAGGGCUCCUACCUUCUGGAAGUCAAGUCAGUGGAUGGCUCUGAGUCAGCCCGACCUGGAAAACAUGGGAAGCCAAACUCUGACACGGCCUAUGUGCGUGUUUCCAUCAGUGAUGUGAAUGACAACGAGCCUGUCUUUGCUCAGAGUGUCUAUGAGGUAAAUGUGGAUGAAGACCAGGAUGUGGGCUCCACUAUUGUCACAGUCAGUGCUAACGAUGAAGAUGAAGGAACAAAUGCUAAAUUACGGUAUCAGAUCACGGCUGGAAACACGGGAGGAGUCCUUGAUGUUGAUCCAGAAACAGGAGCCAUUUUUAUUGCCCAACCACUGGACUAUGAAGAAACAAAAAUGUAUGAGAUUCACUUGUUGGCCUCUGAUGGGAAGUGGGAAGAUUAUGCAGUUAUCAUCAUCAGUGUCAUGAAUAAAAAUGAUGAGGCUCCAGUUUUCUCUAUCAAUGAAUACUAUGGAAGUAUAAUUGAGGAAAUGGAUGCGUUACCAGUCUUUGUACUUCAGGUCAUGGCCAGUGAUCCUGACAGUGAUGUGGAUGAAGGAGAUUUGAGAUACUCAUUGCAUGGGUAUGGUGCAGCUGAUAUUUUCACAAUAGAUGAGAAAACAGGCAGCAUUUACUCACACAAGACACUGGACAGGGAGGAGAGAGCGCUGUGGAGGUUUAUUGUGUUGGCUACUGAUGAAGGUGGAGGAGGACUCACAGGGUUUGCAGAUGUGAUUAUCAACGUGUGGGAUAUAAAUGACAAUGCACCCAUGUUCAUGUGCAUGCCCGAUGACUGCAAUGGGAAUGUGUUUGAGAAUUCUCCUGUGGACACUUUAGUCAUGGAAAUGGGUGCAGUUGAUCGUGAUGAUCCAAAUGUAGGUCUUAAUGCUGUCCUGACUUACAGGAUAACAGAGAAUGUGAAAAAUGAGUUUGGUACUGACAUGUUUAAUAUCAAUCCCAAUACUGGUACAAUCCACGUUGCAGGGGGAAUGCUAGACAGAGAAAGGACUGAAAAUUACUUUCUUACUGUGGAAGCAAGAGAUGGGGGAGGGUUAACAGGAACUGGCACUGCCACUAUCUGGGUUGCAGACAUCAACGAUAAUGUACCUGUGUUCACAAAAAAGAUGUGGCAGGCAACAGUUCCUGAAAACAGAGCCAUCGACUCAGAGGUUUUGCAGGUGUGUGCUACAGAUGCAGACACUGGGGAAAAUGCAGCCUUAACAUUCAGUAUCAUUGGGGGAGACCCAGAUCAGAAGUUUUACAUUGAGAAUGACAAAGAAUGGCAAUGUGGCACUAUCAGACUGAAAAAAAAAUUGGAUUUUGAGAACGCGCGUGAAAGAAAGUUUAAUCUUACUGUUACAGUGGAAGAUAUGGAUUUUUCCAGCAUUGCAGUGUGCCUGAUUGAGGUUGAAGACUCCAAUGACCACAGCCCAGCUUUCCUUUCUCAGUUUAUUCAGACAAACCCUUUGUUUGAAAACAUGCCUGCAGGUACCACAGUGACCACAGUGAGAGCUACAGACAAGGAUUCUGAUUUGAAUGGGAAGAUUGUCUAUUCUAUAAAGUCAGAUUCAGAUCCUAUGAGGCAGUUUGUGGUUGACCAGUAUGGUCACGUGGUUGUGGCAAAUACCCUGGACCGUGAAGUCGUUGAGAAAUACAGUUUAAUUGUGCAGGCUGCAGACCAAGGGACACCUGCCCGCACCGGGAGCGUUACAGUGUUGAUUAACUUGCUUGAUAUUAAUGACAAUGGGCCACGGUUUGAGGCACCAUACAUGCCUGUAGUUUGGGAGAAUAGGCUGAAGCCUGAAAUAGUUUACAUGAACCACACAUCAAAGCUGCUUCACGCGUUUGAUCCGGACAGUGAGGAGAACGGGCCGCCCUUCACGUUUUCGUUGCCACCAGAUUAUCAGAACUCUUUGGAUUUUUCUCUUACUGACAACGGAAAUAGCACAGCAACUGUAACUGCUUUGAGGUCCUUUGACAGAGAGAAGCAGAAGGUGUUUCAUCUGCCAGUAGUUAUCACAGAUAGUGGGAUUCCACCCAUGAGCUCUACAAACACCCUGACUAUAACAGUUGGUGAUGAAAACGACAACUGCCAUGAGUCUGGCCAUAAGGAGGUCUAUGUGUACAGUUACAAAGGAAAAUGGUCAACAACAGUGCUUGGGGAAGUGUUUGCACCAGAUCAAGAUGACUGGGACAAUAAAACAUUUCUCUCUGAAGGAAAACUGCUCAAUUCUUUCAGAUUAAAUCAGAGGACCGGGUCUUUGCUGAUGGUGGAUAAUACUCCUCAGGGAAUAUACAACUUAAAGGUUAGAGUUUCUGAUGGAGUUUGUCCUGAUGUUAUAUCUACAGUACAAAUCCAUGUCAAAGAGCUGGAAAAUGAAGCCAUACAAAACUCAGCCACUGUGCGUCUGUCAGAUAUGACAGCAGAGGAGUUCAUCAGGAGAGAUGAACGCAGCAAAACGAGACACGGAGAGUUCAAGGAGUUACUUGCAAAAAUGUUGCCUGCUAAGCUGAGUGAUGUCAUUGUCUUCAGUGUGAUGAACAGGGGUGGAAAACAGACAGAUGUCAGAUUUGCAGUCCGUGGUGGCUCAGCAUAUUACAGACCUGAGAAACUGCACGCUGAGGUGGCAGCAUUUAAAAAUGAGAUCCAGUCAGCUUUGCAGCUGAACAUCUCCCAGAUCGAUGUGGACGAAUGCAGGAGCGCAAACUGCAGCGAGGGCUGUACAAACCACCUCAGGGUGGACGACAUUCCAACCGUGAUGGACACUGGGAGCGUGUCCUUCGUCUCCCUCACAACCACCGUCCAGGCAAUCUGCGGCUGCUCCGCCCGGGAGCGGCUCCACCAGCCCUGCUCCUCCUACCCUCGGAACCCCUGUCUCAAUGGGGGCAUCUGCACUGACACCCUGAACGGGUACAGAUGUCUUUGCCCUGCUUCCUUUCAUGGACCAGAGUGCCAGCAGACUAAGCACAGUUUCCAUGGAAAUGGAUAUGCAUGGUUUCAUCCCAUCAGACCCUGUUUUGAAAGCUCACUCUCUCUAGAGUUUAUAACAGUGGUUCCAGAUGGACUUAUACUAUAUAGUGGUCCUUUAGCAAAUCCAGAACCUGGGAGUACAGAAAACUUCAUUGCAAUAGAACUCUCCAGUGGCAUUCCUGUGCUGAAGAUGAGCCAGGGCUCAGGUUUUGUGGUGCUGCAGUUUCCAAGCCAUCUGAAUGUAGCAGACAAGAAGUGGCAUCGGCUGGAAGUCAGAACCAAUGGUCAGGAUGUUCGGUUCACUCUGGACCAGUGCAGUGCAGCUGUUGUCUCGGAGAUAGAAGGGGUUGGCAGGUGGUUGUCCACUGAGGAUCGUACAAACUGUGAAGUGUUGGGGUCUGUCCCUCGAAGAGCGAGGUAUUUGAAUGUGAACCAUGUUCUGCAGCUGGGUGGUGUAAAAGAAUCGUUGCCCUAUUCCUACCCACAACUGCAACACAAACAUUUCUCUGGUUGCUUACGCAAUUUCAUACUGGAUACUCAGGUGUAUGACCUUCAGUCUCCUGCAGAGUCCCUGAAUAGCUUCCCUGGCUGCACACUCACGGAUGAGAGCUGUGAGACCAUGGGCUCCUCUUCCUGUGGCAUUCACGGGAGGUGUCUUGGUGACUGGGGCUCGUUCGCGUGUCACUGCCUGCCGGGUUACCACGGUUAUCGCUGUGACAAAGCUGCCCAGGAAUACACCUUUGAGCCAGGGGCUCAUGUUCGGUACCAGCUCCCGGUGAGCGUCUCUACCCGCAGGACGCUGUUCCAGGCCAUGGUCCGGACUCGGCAGCCCGACAGUGUCAUCACCAGCAUGUUGUCUCGGAGGAAGGACGAGCACAUCACCCUGCAGCUUGUCCAGGGACUCUUAGUGGUCUCAUACAACCUGGGUGAUGGAGACUAUUCUGUAAGCCUUCCCUCCUACCACAUCGAUAAUGGUGAAUGGCAUCAUAUCACACUGGAGAGAAAUGAAAAUGAAUUUACUCUUCGCCUUUAUGAAGGAGGUGGGAAGAGAGAGAUUAUGAAAGCAGAAGGGGUAUACAAAGAGAUUGUGAUUGACCCCAGCAGCUUGGUCCUUGGAAACACCUAUCCAUUCAAUCAAAACAGGAGUUUUCAAGGAUGUAUGAAGGAUGUCAGAUUUAACAACUACAGAAUCCCUCUGGACACUCAGGGCAAGGAGCUGGUGUCAGUAUUGAGUGUCCAAGGUGUCAGAGAAGGCUGUUCUUCGGAGGCCUGUAGGAAUAACCCUUGUAACCGGGAAUUUAUUUGUAUUGAUUUGUGGAUGAUGCAUGAAUGCAGCUGCCCCCGGGGGCACAUGGUGGUGGAGAACGCGUCGGGCCGGCAGUGCGUGCGCACGGCGUGCGCGGAGCGGCCCUGCCACUUGGGCACCUGCACCGCGCGCUCGCCGGCAGAGUUCCAGUGCCACUGCCCCGACGGGUACACCGGGCGCCACUGCGAGGUCACCCUGGCCAUCUUCCACAAGGACACGGGCCUCAGCUUCAGCUCCCUGUUCGCCAUCUGCAUCUGCUUCCUGGCGCUCUUAGCUCUGCUCAGUGCUGGAUUCCUGUGGGCUCACUGGAAGACACGCAAGGGUCUGCACGGAGGUGUCUACCACGGAUCUGCACAUCCCGAGGAGCUGGAGGACAUCAGAGAAAACAUCCUCAACUACAACGAAGAAGGGGGUGGGGAGCAAGACGAAGACGCCUACAACAUGGCAGAGCUGCAGGUGUCUCUCCAGGCCAGCCCAGCCUUUUCCCUCUGCAGGAGGAAAGAAACCCUAAUCCAGUGGAAAGGUGUCUUUGGCGCUGCAUCCCCCAGCACGCAGGGCCAGCCCCGAGCAGCAGCCACUGCAGGAGCCGCUUUUCCCAGCGCAGACUUUGGUCAGUACCUGUCAGGAGUGCUCAGAGAAGCCGACUGGCACAGCCAGGCCCUGCCCCAGGACUCGCUCCGGGUGUUCUGCACGGAGGGAGCCGGAUCGGGAGCCGGCAGCCUGAGCUCCCUGAGCUCCGCGGGGCUGGAGGAAGGAACAGUCUAUGAUGACAUCAAAGAGUGGGGACCAAAGUUUGAGAAGCUGAGUGAACUGUACUCACAGAGAGAUGCAGGAGACCAGUAGGUCACAAGUCUCCUAUUUUCAGUUUUGGAAGCAAGGGUGAUGUUUUCCAUGCUGCUGCUUUGUACUACCCCUACCCUCCUUUUGACUUGUUACGACAGGGAUUCAGAUUCUCUCAGGAGCCUCACUUGGCAGCCAAUUCAAAAGCGUGAAGGAGCUAAUCUUGGGACACUCUGAACAUUUAAGUUUUUUUGAUUUAAACUUACUGGGAAGAAUAAAGGAGGAGUUGGGGUACUUAAUCAUUCACAUACAGUGGUUAAGAAGUACAGAAUUAUUUUCUGUCACUGAAGUACCACAGGACUCAGAGAUCCCAGCAUACAAUGCCUGAGGUGUGCUCAGAGCCCGAGGGAAGUGUGCUGGGU